CUUAACAAUUUAGGAACGCAGCACAGCAUGUCACAGACACAGCGCAAGCGCACCCAAGAAAUAAAAUAAAAGUCAAACGGCCAACCGGAGGGGUCAACAAGACGUGGGAAAAAUUAUGAUAAAACAACAAUAUUAUCACUCGACCGGCAUCCCUACACUCGACCAGUGAACAUAACUUUAGCAAGAAAAUACUGUUGAACCACUUCAGGCAUAUUCAACAAGAUAUAUCAGCUUGAUGUCUGCUGGAAGUAACUGCAUUUUCUGUAAAAUAAUAUCUGGGGAAUCUCCUGGAGAGAUCUUACUGAAUGAUAAUGAAACUGUGGUCUUUAAAGACAUUAAACCGGCUGCAAAGCAUCACUAUUUGGCUGUACCCAAGGAACACAUUAUUAAUGUUAACUAUUUAACAUCUCCUGAGCAUAAAGAUUUAUUGGAAAAACUAAUAACAAAUGGUAAAAGAGUGGUUGAAGAACGAGGAGGGGAUAUUAAUGAUAUAAUACUAGGCUUCCACUGUCCUCCAUUUAAUAGCAUAUCCCAUUUACACUUGCAUGUGAUAUCACCAAAAUCUGACAUGGGUUUCUUUAGCAAAUUAGUUUUUAAACCAAAUACAUGGUGGUUCCAAACGGUUGAUGGUGUAUUAGAAAAAUUAGAAAAAAGCAAAAUCUAGUGGUGCAUAGGUGGUGUUUCAACUAAAUAAAAAGGGGUGCAGGAACUGGGUGAACAUGUUGAUGGGGCCAAUUGCAGCCAGAGACAUGGAGACCAGUUCGGACCACACCAAGUUCGGACCGAAUACAAUCGCCAAGUUUUGGGCAUUCAUUUUGUUCAAGUCUGAACGCUCCAUAACCUAUCAAGAAAUAACGUAGAAAAGACUCCGCACAAACUUUGCCGGUAUUGGCUUUAGACUAUUUUUUUAAGAAUUUAGUAAGUUGUACAUUUCAACACGUAGAUCAAACUUAUAUUUUGGCCCAAAGUCUCUCCACUAGUAGUUUCCGAGUUAGAGUGCCUGCAAGUUAGUCAGUACAUAUCUCCUGUAACAUUGUGGAUUCCCUGCACAAUACGUGAUAGUUAUUUAAUUUUUUUUUACGUUCUUAUUCUAUCUCUAUUCUCAUUCUACUGACACCCGCAACAUUGCAAUAGGCUACUCGACUCGCAUCUAAUUUCAUAGAAUAAAUGAGUAUUUCUUAGGUAAUUGGUUUUGCAAUAAAAUAGUGUUUACUAUGUGGACAGGCAUUGGGGACCUUUAUCUUCCGUCAAUUCUCGUACAGCAUGCCAUACACUUUAUAGCCUGGAGUAUUGCUACGAGACACGUUUUUCAAAAACCAUUCAGGGUUAACCUGCAACAUCCCUGUGAAAAUACAUUUAAAAAAUAUUCAUGAUUUGAGUAAUGACGUAAAAAAUCCUAGUUGCUUUUUUGAUAGACACCUAUACUUGGAGAGAACUACACAUUUUUGAAUUUCGUCGAGUAGUGGUUAUGAUAAUAAUUAUGUAUUGUCUAAAAAAUAAAAUUUGGCAAUAAGUACAUCUAAACCUCUUAGACAGUACCAAAUUUUCAGUAUGACGAUAGUUGUUUUUAGAUAUCC